GUAUCAGUUUUAAUCACGACCAGGAAGUUUCAAACACACGUUUAGGUAGCUACACCGAUCUGUACUUUCGAUAAGUAUGAUGUGAACUUUCAAAAAUGAAAUAAUUUUCAACAUAAUCUUUUCAUCGGCACAAUAUGUUUACUCGAUUACUUGUGUUUUUGUUCAAUUUUCUUUUAUUAAUUUACUUUUGCGAGAAUUGGCAGCCUACAUUUAGACGAAGCGAUUUCAUUAACGAAUUAAGAGGUUCGUACUACAUAGUCAAACCCUUGAAUGUAUCUGCCCCUCAAUAUGUUCCUACUCAUAUCCAGCGACCCCCUUAUUUGUUCUUGGAUGGCACUGAAGAUGCCCCCGAUGCGAUCUUGAUUAAAAAUUCUACCGAAAUAGAUGCGAUUGCUACGAGUUGUUCGAUUGCUCGAGAAGUUAUGAACGCUUUGAAAAAAUUCAUUCGUGCCAGGACAACUACUGACCAAAUAGACGCCUACGCUCACGAACUAAUUAUAGAAAAAGGAGCAUUUCCAUCGCCCUUGAUGUAUAAUAGAUAUCCGAAAUCCAUUUUUACCUCUGUAAAUAACAUCAUCGUUCAUGGGAUCCCCGAUAAUAGGAUGUUACAUAAUGGAGAUAUUAUCAAAGUUGACAUCGUGGUGUAUUAUAAAGGUUUACAUGGAGACUGCAGCGAAACUUUCCAUAUUGGUACAGUAAACGAGAAAGGCGUACGAUUGGUGAAAACAGCCAGACAUUUGUUAGAAGUUGCAAUCGAAAUGUGUAAACCAGGAGUCCGAUUCAAAGACUUGGGCGAAAGAAUUGAGCAAGAAGCCAAGCUGAAAAAAGUAACCGUAAUACCAACAGUGUGCGGACAUGGGAUAGGUAGAUUCUUGAAUGAACGUCCAGCUAUCGACCAUUAUGCAAACGAAGAAAACAUUGAUCACUGGAGGCAAAUGGAACCUGGUAUGGUAUUCACAAUAGAACCAGCUAUCGCAGAAGGUCGCUCUGAAGAGAAAAUGUUCCCUGAUGGUUGGACAUGUGCCACAAAAGAUGAUUCUAGGGUGGCUAAAUUCGGGCAUACGAUUGUUAUUACUGAAAAUGGCAACAGGAUAUUGACUUUGUAGGUGGAUGUGUAGGUAUAUGUAAUACCUAUCAUAUUGAAAGAUCAUCAUUCAUCAUGUAUAGGUAGUUUUGUACAGAUUCGUUUAAUAAAAUCGUUCGUUCGAGUUUCA